UCUGCAAACUCGAGGUCUUCGCCUCCGUAGGGCAGCGCCGUUGUUGUUGUCGUGUGGUGGUGCCCAUCAGCCUUUUCGUUUUCGUUUGAAGCCUUCUCGGACAGGUGGUCGCUCGAAGCGCGGCGCAUACUCGCUGGCCGGAUGUCAUGGUCGACUUCACGCGUGUGGUCCUGGACGAUGUCGUGGUGUGCCUCGGCUUGCUGCUCGUGUGCAACGUCACGCGACGCGCGGCCGGGAUGGAGGAUGCGCUCCGUCAUGACAGCCGGGUUCACCGACUCGGUGGCGAACAUGUCAGUCCUCUCCAUCUUUGCGAUGCCCCUUCAGAAGGGUAGGGGCAGGUGGGCAGAAAGAGGGGUAGCGUCCGGGGUGGGGCGAGGAGGGACGAGACAGAGGAUAGAGAAGAAGAGUAGAGGGGAGGGUGAGUGAGUGAGUGAGGGAGGGAGGGAGGGAAGGCGUAGAAAGGGUGAGGGAGGAUGGAAGAGAAAGAAAAGGGUAAGAUGGGGAUAGGGGAGUCGAGGGAGGAAGAAUGGUGCAAUCAACCUAUAUAUCCGACGACGGAGCGG